GAGAGUCUUUUACUCUUGAGAAUCGAAAGGUUAAUGCAAAAGACCAAACUUUCAACAUAUAAAUAGCUCUCAAUUUUUAGGGUUUGUGAAGGGUUUAACCUUCUUCACACUCGCAACCAUGCCUUCCAAAACCAACCAAAGCGAAAAAGAAGAAAAAUCACCAUACAAAGUUGAACAAGAGGAAGACGAUGACGAAGAAGAAGUAGAAGAAGAGCAAAACUGGGACGAUUGGGAAGAAAACGAUGGAGAUUCAGAUUCCGAAUUCAUCUGUCUCUUCUGUGAUUCCAAUUUCAGUUCCUGCACUUCCUUGUUCCAACAUUGUGCUUCUGUUCACCACUUCGAUUUUCAUGUUGUUAGAGAUUCUCUCAACUUGGAUUUCUAUGCUUCCUUCAAGCUUAUUAAUUAUAUUCGUUCCAAGGUGGCAGAGAGCAGAUGUUGGAGUUGUGGUUUAGCUUGUCAGUCCAAACAUGAUUUGCAGAAUCACUUGCAUGAUGUAACUGACUUCAAUGGGAUUAAGCCUUUGUGGGAUGAUGAUAAAUAUCUAAAACCUUUUAUGCAAGAUGAUUCAUUGUUGUACAACUUUGGUGAAUUUGAAGAAGGUGAAGAUGAAGAAACUUCAACCAUGGAUGAAGAUCUUGUGAAGGAUUUGAAAGACGCAAUUUACGGUGAUAAUCAAGAUGCCGUGAAAAAAUUGGUAGUUAAUGACGAUGUUUAUGUUUCAGACGAUCAUUCAAGCUUGCCUAGUUCCUCAGAUAAGGAACUUGUUAACGGGAAGGACUCAAGAGGAAGUGUUUCAUCGAUUGAUAAGAAUCCAGAAGAAGGGUCUUUGAUCAGUAAUCCUCAGAAUCACAUUGCAACACAUAUUAGGAAAGUUAAUGAAAGUUAUUUUGGGUCUUACAGUUCAUUUGGCAUCCAUCGAGAAAUGUUAAGUGAUAAGGCUAGAAUGGAUGCUUAUGGGCAAGCAAUUUUGAAGAAUCCCUCUCUGCUAAAUGGUGCUGUAGUUAUGGACGUCGGCUGUGGAACUGGCAUCCUCAGCCUUUUUUCAGCUCAAGCAGGGGCUUCAAGGGUCAUUGCAGUUGAGGCUAGUGCCAAGAUGGCAGCAGUGGCAUCUCAGGUUGCCAAAAAUAACGGUCUCUUGCUGAAUAAAAGCGAAACUAGAGUCAAUGGCAACCAGAAAGGAGUCGUAGAAGUGGUUCAUGGCAUGGUUGAAGAAAUUGACAAAAUUGUUGAACUUCAACCUCACAGUGUUGAUGUAUUGUUAAGUGAAUGGAUGGGAUAUUGCUUACUAUAUGAAUCCAUGCUUGGCUCAGUGCUUUAUGCACGGGACCGGUAUUUGAAGCCUGGGGGUGCCAUUCUUCCCGACACAGCAACUAUUUUUGUUGCAGGAUUUGGAAAAGGAGGUACAAGUCUUCCAUUUUGGGAGAAUGUGUGUGAUUUUGACAUGUCUUGCAUUGGGGAGGAGCUUGUCAUAGAUGCUGCCCGGUAUCCUAUAGUUGAUGUCAUAGACCAUCAAGAUUUAGUUACCAGUUCCACUAUUCUUCAGACGUUUGACUUGGCUACCAUGAAGCACCAUGAAGUGGAUUUCACCGCAACAGCUUCUUUGGAACCAAAAUUGAGUGCUUCAGAAAAUGAAAAUUCUAAAACAUGUUGCUGGUGUUAUGGAGUUGUCCUAUGGUUUGAUACUGGAUUUACAACUAGAUUCUGCCGGGAUACACCAGCUGUGCUGUCAACAUCCCCUUACACUCCGAAAACACAUUGGUCACAGACAAUCUUAACUUUCCGGGAACCCAUUGCCAUUGGAUUUGGGGAAGAAAAUGGGACAAAACCGGAAACAAUUGGCACUGAAGGCUACCCUGCUGUGAAGAUUGAUUUGCGUGUCAGCAUUGUCCGUUCUACUGAGCAUCGCAGCAUUGACAUUUCCAUGGAAGCUGCUGGUGUAAGUCCUGAUGGUCGGAGACGCACUUGGCCUGCUCAACUUUUUUCUCUACAGUAGGAUGCUUUUCAUAUAAGCAUCACAGUUUUGGAAUUUUCCUGUUUUACUGCCCCAACAUAUUGGUUUUGAUUUUUAUUUUUCGGAAAAGAGCCACUUGUACUUGAUAUUCUGUCAUCAAGAAUUUUCUAUCCUGUUCUGUUAGUUUGGUCAAAUGUGAAAUUGAGAACUGCAGCCUCUUUUGCCUCUUAAUUGUAA